AUGGAUCAAAAUAAUCCUCAAUCUUCAGACCCAAACAAUCAACAGCCUGACAACGUACCUCACGGCAAUCCGUGGGCACUAGAGCAGCAGAUCCCGGCAGCAUUCCCACAGUAUCAUCAGCAACAGACAGCACCUAGAACAAUAGAACAGCAAGGUGACCAGCAGUUCGGUGACGAACAACUCCGUUCGAUUCAACAACAACAGAUGCCAACAACACUCCAUCCGGAAAUCGAACGUAUGCGAGCACUUAUCAUACAAGAACAACAGCAAACAUCAGCAAGACAACAGCAAGAAAUGCUAGAAUGGCAGCGGCAGCGAGAGGCGGAACUGCAAGAGCAAAUCAACAGCCUCAAUAGACAGCACCAAGACGAACUGCAACAACUAACCCGUAAUAUGCAUCAAAUGUAUGAGCAAUUACGCCCACAACAAACACCAGACAUGGCAUCGACAAUAUCUCAACAGUUCACGGCAUUCCUCCAAAGUCAAGAAGAUCGUGAGCACCGUCGAGAACGAUCACACCACGAGCUCUUAGAACAACUUCAGGAACAGCAGCAGUUAGGGAGAUGGGAGUCAUCAUCUCAAAGAGAAUCAAGUGCAGCACGCGAUGAUGCACCCCUAAUCGCUGCAAUGAACAGUUUGACUUUGGCCAUGCAGCAACAUCAACAGCAUCAAAGGCAACGAGCCACAACACCAACCCAACAUUCAUCAAUGGAAAGUGUGUCAGUAGCAUCGCAGCAACAACAACCGAGAAGAACAGUCAAGACCAUUAGAUCCGAUUCAUCUGGUGAAAGAAACGAAGAAUGGGCAACGGGAAGUGAGCAAGGAGAUUCAGGAGAUGAUGAGCCCCCUGAAGGAAACCUUGCAUGGGUAGUCAGACAGAACGAAACGACAUAUUACGACUGGUCUGACGACGAAAGCUGCAAAGAAUUCAUGAUCUCAAUGAGAGACAACGCUGUUGAUUGGUGGGAUGGAUUAAGCGACGAUGCCAGAAACGAUAUCAACCAGAUCAAAAAAGCAUUCACAGAAUAUUUUGGCGGUGGCCAAGAGGCAGCAGUAGUAGCAUUGUCAGAUCUACCCAAGAUGAAACAAGGACCUGAAAGUAUGGUUUCAUUCGGAGCCAGACUCAAGUUGGCAUUGGGACGCAUUGAUCCUCGCAUGGACGAGAAUUUGAAGCUCUACUUUUUCUCUAUUCAUGCAAGAGAAGAUGUAGCACGCGAAGUCUCACGUUAUAAACCGGAAACCCUCGACAAAGCGAUCAGAUAUGCGAUAUAUUUGGAACGCACCGAUGAAACAGUAAAAGCCCAAAAAGCAACCAACGACAACUUCAACUUUAACAAACGACGGCCCGACAGCAAUGGAAAUCGAUUCGAACAGUCAACGACGACAGUACCAUAA